AUGAUGCGCACUGUGUUCCACAGACAUGCUCCAGGCGACAUGUGGAUCGGAAGCUUCAUUCCUGAGAAAGAAGACUACAUACUUGAGAUCAAGAGAAACAUCUGUAGAGUCAUCCUCUCCUCCAGAACAGCAGAUAAUACACGGCAUAAAGGGAACCCGCUACUCUGGCCAUUCCAAUGUUUCCUCGGCCCUAACGGACGAUUAGCAAGAGGCCAAGCAAAUAGCAACUCAACAGACAACUGGCAACCAGGUAAAAAGGACUUAGAAGAGUGCAUUCCCCUGAGAACCAAUAACCAGCCCAUUUGCCUUCCUGUGGUGGAUGAAGACUCUCCUGUCAAAGAUGGUUAA